AUGUCAGACUACGAAGAUGAGAUGGAUAUUGACACGCCUGCGGCCAAUGAUGCCAUUCUUUUCAGCUCGGAAAAUAUCAAUUCAAAGGGCAAGAGAAGCGCGGCAAAUCUCCCAGUCGAGGCAGAAGACAGCUUACCAUGGGUUGAGAAAUACCGUCCAGAUACCCUCGAAGACGUCUCGGGCCACCAAGACAUUCUCGCAACGAUCAACAAGUUUGUAGAUACAAAUAGGCUCCCCCACCUUCUUCUAUAUGGCCCUCCAGGAACCGGAAAAACAUCUACAGUCCUCGCCCUUGCCCGACGGAUCUAUGGAGCAAAGAAUAUGCGGCAAAUGGUCCUGGAAUUGAACGCUUCUGACGACCGUGGUAUUGAUGUAGUGCGCGAACAGAUCAAGACGUUUGCUAGCACAAAGCAGAUCUUCAUAAUGAAUCCAACAAACAACCCGGCGACCUCGAUUGCGACAUACAAGCUUAUUAUUUUGGACGAGGCUGAUGCGAUGACAUCGACGGCACAGAUGGCUUUGAGACGAAUUAUGGAGAAAUACACGGCAAAUACGAGAUUUUGCGUUAUUGCGAAUUAUACACACAAACUCAGUCCGGCGCUGCUGAGUCGAUGCACGAGAUUCAGGUUCAGUCCGCUGAAGGAGAGGGAUAUACGAGUACUGGUGGACAAGGUCAUUACGGAGGAGAAAGUCAAUAUCAGUCCGGAUGCUACAGAUUCGUUGGUGAAGUUGAGCAAGGGUGAUAUGAGAAGAGCUUUGAACGUUUUGCAAGCGUGUCAUGCAAGCAGUACCCCGCUGCAUAUCAAAGGCACCCCCAAAAUUGCCGAGAAGGACAUCGUCCGAGACCUGAUUACCGAAACUACAAUCUACGAAUGUAUCGCGUCCCCACACCCAGAAGAUAUCACCAAAAUCCUCAACACCCUUUUGAAGACCACCGAUGUCACAUCCUGCCUCUCAACCAUCAACUCCCUCAAAGCAACCCAGGGACUGGCCCUAGCAGACAUCAUUACCUCGCUCAGCGAAGAGCUCACGAAACUGGAUGUCCCGCCAGCGGUCAUGAUCACAUGGCUAGACGGUUUGGCUGAAGUGGAAUACAGGCUGAGCGGCGGAGGUGGAGAGGUCGUACAGACAGGCGCUGUGGUUGGUGUUGUACGGAAUGGUGCUGAGCUUAUCGGUGAGGUGAAAUGA